AUGCCGGAGCUGCCCCUCGGCCCGCAACCUCGCACGAUGUCGGAUCCGCUCCCCGAGACGGCCCACUCCCUCGGCGCGCGCUCUCGCCGCAGGCGCCUCGAGUGCACCACGGAGGAGGCGGCCUCGCCGCCGCACGAGUGGCAGCACCCGCCCUCCUUCCUGUGCCCGAUCUCGCGGCAGUGCAUGCACGACCCAGUGGUGCUCUCGGACGGGCACACGUACGAGAGGCAGCACAUCGAGCGCUGGCUCGCCCACAGCACCACCUCGCCCGUGACCCGAUUGGAGCUCUCCCAGACCGACAUGUACCCGAACCACGCGCUGCGCAACGCCAUCGACGAGUACUUCAACGAGGUCUUCUGCGUGCACCGGCAUGCCAUCCGGAAGACGGUCCGCAGCCGCCGCGGCAGCAGGGAUCUCUCCGCAGACGGCCCGCUCGCGCGCACGCUGGGCGCACUGAUGCAGAGCUCGCUGCUGGUGAACGCCGACCACAGCGUGGAAUAUAUCCUGCGACAGAUUAUGUGCGAGGCCAAGAAGCUGGUCGGCGCAGAGGUCGCGUCCGUCUUCCUGGUGGACGCCGCUCGCCAGGAGCUCUACUCCACGGUGAACUCGACAGACGCGGAGCUGCGCAUCCCCAUCGCCGCUGGCAUCGCCGGUCACGUUGCCACGACGGGGGAGACGCUCAUCAUCAACGACGCGUACGCGGACGCCCGCUUCAACAAGGCGGUCGACAGGCAAACGGGCUUCAAGACGCGGAACGUGCUGUGCGCUCCACUGAAGGUCAGGAAGGGCGACGUCGUCGGCGUGGUGCAGCUCAUCAACAAGACCAGCGGCGGCGUGAUGGCCCCAGACGGCUCCCCCGGCGCGCUGCCAGGGGAGGUCUCCGAGGACCCAGCGGCGGGCCACCCGUUCACGGCGGACGACUCGCACUUCCUGCAGGUGUUCGCUUCCCAGGCGGCCACGGCGGUGGCCAAUGACAUCUCCCACGAGCUGGGCCAGGCGCGGCAGCCAGCGACGCAGCCGGAGGCGAUACCAACGGUGCCGGUGCCGAAGCCGAAGCCAGAGGCGGCCCCGCGGGUCCUGCUGGUGGAUCCGGCGCCGGCGAAGGCCCAGCCGCCGCGCAGGCAGCCGAGCGAGGCCUCCGGCAUUCCGCGGGAGGCCACUGCGCUGCUCGAGCAAGCGCUGGACGGCUGGGACCUGGACGUGGUGCAGCUGGCGGCGCUGACCGGCAACCGGCCGCUGAGCUCUCUGGGCUGCUUCCUGUUCGAGCGGCUCGGGCUGGUGGCGCGGUUCGGCCUGAACGGCGAGAAGCUCCGUGCCUUCUUCCUGGAGCUCGAGCGCGGCUACGACGACGCCGUGCAGUACCACAACCGCCUCCACGUGGCCUCCGUGCUGCACCUGACCCACGCGGCACUGCGCGGCGGGGCCCUCGCGCAGAAGGCCGCGGCAGCGCUCCGCGGCGGCGGGGUCGAGGCGGACGGGGCGCUGGAGACGAUGGCCUGCCUGCUGGCGGCCGCCGCCCACGACUUUGAGCACCCCGGGCGCACGAACGACUUCCUGGUCAAGACCGGCCACGAGCGGGCCGUGUGUUACAACGACAGGCACGUGAACGAGAACCACCACGCUGCCCGGUCCUUCGCGCUGCUGCAGCGCCCCGGCCUGGAUUUCCUGGCCGCGCUGCCGCGGGAGGACUUCCGCCGCCUCCGGGGGCUCUUCGUGGAGCUCAUCCUCGCCACCGACAUGGCGUCCAGUAAGAGCAUCCUGGAGUCGUUCACCGCCGCGCUGGACGGGUCCGCCGCAGCACCUCUGGCGCCGUCGUCGUCCGCAUUGUUGGGAUCGCCGGCGGCCCCCGAGGACGGCGGCUUCCUGCCGGGCUCGGCCGCGGAGGCCCUCCUGCUGCUGCAGGUGGCGCUCAAGUGCGCAGACCUCGGCCACCUCACCCUCAGCCGCGCCUCGCACCUGCACUUCGUGCGCGGCCUGGAGGAGGAGCUCUUCGCGCAGGGCGACCAGGAGAAGGCCCUGGGCCUGGAGGUGUCGUUCCUCAUGGACCGGGAGAAGCCGGGCGUCACCUCCUCCCAGGUCGGCUUCUUCGAAUUCGUCGCCCUGCCCAUGUUCCGGUGCAUCGCGAGGGCGUGCCAGGGUUUGCGGCCGAUGCUCCAGGGCGCCGAGGACAACUACCUGUACGGGCCUCCAGGGCCAGGAGGGGCAGCAGCGGGCCGGCUCCGCGAGCGAGCCCUUGGCCACCCGAGCGGAGGACGGCCCGGGCGACAGUGA